AUGGGCGAUAUCAUCCACCAGCUCUUCUCCCUCCAGGGCCGCACCGCCCUGGUGACAGGUGGCACGCGAGGCAUCGGCGCGCAGAUGGCCAUCGCCCUGGCAGAAGCAGGCGCUGACAUUAUUCUGGUUCAGAGAGACACGUCCAACCAAGAAACGAAGCAAAAGAUCGAAAGCCUCGGCCGCAAAGCCAUCGUCUACACCGCAGACCUCGCCUCGCGGGAGGAGGUCAAGAUUCUUGUCAAGCAGGUCCUGGAAGACGGACACGACAUCUCCAUCCUGGUCAACUGCGCGGGCAUCCAGCGGCGGCAUCCGUGCCAUGUCUUUCCCGACGAGGAUUGGGAUGAGGUCCUCCAAGUCAACCUCACCAGCGUCUUCACCCUCUGCCGCGACAUCGGCGCUUACAUGCUGACUCGCACGCCCGACGAGGUCGGCCACCGCGGGAGCAUCAUCAACGUCGCCUCGCUAGUUUCGUUCCAGGGGGGCAUCACGGUCCCCGCGUACGCCUCUGCCAAGGGCGGCGUUGCGCAGCUGACCAAGGCACUGUCGAACGAGUGGGCGUCCAAGGGCGUCAACGUCAAUGCCAUUGCGCCGGGGUACGUGGCCACGGAGAUGAACACGGCGCUGCUGCAGGACAAGGAGCGGUCGGCCAGCAUCCUGGCGCGCAUCCCGGCGGGGCGAUGGGGGACGGCGGAGGACUUUAAGGGGUCUGUUAUCUACCUGGCUAGCAGGGCGAGUUUCUUACUACACGUUGUAUACAAGUGUCUAUCACUCAUUGUCAACGAUACUGACUACACUGUGUACGCUGUAAUCCUAGAAACCCCGCACUACAACCCACUUCAACUGCCCCAGUCAGCCAUGUAUCCAGCUUGUAACAAUAAUUCAAAUAAUUCGGAUCGGCUGGUCGAUUGCAUUCCCCACCCCCACGCGGAUUUAACCGCCCACUCAGAUGCAUUAAAUAUCGGACAAGUCUCCGACACACAGUCGAGUCCAGGCCCAUUGCAAAGAAAUAGAUUGACCUGUGUACGCGAGGCUAUUCGGGGUAUUUCGAUCCGAGUUGUGGACGAGCACCCCCACGGGACUUACAAGAUGCAUUCAUUUGGUAACCCCCACGAUGAAACCCAGAAUAAUACUAUUAAAGCCGGGCUGGACUCGGCGCGAGUUCUUAAGCAUCUUGAUUCACCUAUUCUAUCAUCCAACAAGAAGGUUAUUAAUAGUCAAGACAAUAUGCCCCCGUCCAAACGAGCCAAAAAGUCUCCCUCUGCCGUUCGCUCGAUGCCCUCAUCUCCUCUUUCUUCAGAGGAUGUCGAUGCCGGCAAAGACGUAAACGAAACCGCAGGCGAAACUGCAGACGAAGACGAAGACAUCUACGAUCCCGCCCUCCUCGACGAGGAGGAAACACCCGGCGGAUCAGACAGUAAUGUCCUGCCGGAACCGUCGAGAGGACCAGCCGGCGUCCGCAGCUACAACGCGCUGAAAACAUUCAAAGGCCAAGUCUACUCCGGCAUGGCGGUCGGGGGGUCCCACACGUGGAACUACGACCAGGGCGUCUGGAAGGAGACCAAGGAGGAGCCGGAUCUGUGGAGGAUUGACUACAAGACGGCCAAGAGGAGGGUGAGGAAGGCGCCUAGGGGGAGUGGUGCGCCUGUGGGGACGGGGUAUCACUGGUUGAUUGUUGCGCAUCAGUACGUCACCAAACUAGACGCCAACACCUACGACACGCACCUCGUCGGGUCGAAAUACAAGCUCGCCCACAAAUCCGUCUCCUCCAACUCCUGGUCCAUCCCCACCGUCAAGGCGCAGCGCGAGCGCGAGAUCGAUCUGCUGGAAGACGCAAAGCGUCGCGUGCAGGGCCUGCCGCCCGUGCUGGCGGAGGAGAAGGUCAGAGUCGACAAGCCGGAGAAGGGGCAGCAGAGGCUCGAUGCUAUGUUUGCCAAGGUUGAGGCGAACAAAAGUUCGGGGGCGGAUGGGAGGAAGAGGAAGAGGGAGGAGGGAGUUGAUAAGGGGGGCGUGGACUGA